UCAGUCACAGCAGCCCAGUGUACACCAGUUUUUUUACGUUGCUGUCCCUUUAAGCCGGUGCGGAAGUGUUGUAUGGGCGGCUAAUGCAAUAAGGUCAUGUCGGGGUGCCUUAGACAAGCGAAUGCAUUACUCAACAUCACAUACCUCGUGUUGCAGCAACAGUUUUAAACAAAUCGUUGUCAGUUAGUAUUUGCUCGCGACUGUCGACAGUUACAGUCUUAACGAUAAUUAACCAAGCGGAGAAGGGUUCAGCAGUGUGUUCAGCAGGAAGUGAAUAACCGGCGAGCUAACAGUGACAGCAGCUGAUUUCUCCAUGGCUGUGUCGAAGUGCACCCGACUCACUGGCCCGCUGACCAAGCAGGUGCUGGACUCAGUGGACACUGUGCUGUUUGACUGCGACGGGGUGAUAUGGCGCGGAGAUCAGGCCAUUCCCGGCGCCCCUGAAGUGGUCAACUCGCUGAAAAAGGCUGGAAAGCGCGUGUUUUUCGUCACCAAUAACAGCACAAAAACGCGCAAAAUGUAUGCGGAGAAGCUGAGCAAGCUGGGCUUCGAGGCCAGCGAGGGCGAGGUGUUCGGCACAGCGUACUGUUCGGCCGUGUUCCUUAAAACCGUGUGCAACCUCGAGGGCAAAGUGUACUUGAUUGGAAGCAAUGCCAUGAGGCAAGAGCUCGAGGCGAUGGGGAUCGAGCCGGUCGGUGUGGGACCCGAUCCAGUCUCAGGAGGCCAGAAAGACUGGGCCAGUGUUCCUCUGGACCCGGAGGUCAAGGCCGUGCUGGUGGGUUUUGACGAACAUUUCAGUUACAUGAAGCUGAACAGGGCGUUACAGUACCUGUGUAAUGCUGAGUGUCAGUUUGUGGGCACCAACACAGACACCAGGCUUCCUCUCGAGGGGGGCAAAGCAGUCCCAGGUACUGGUUGCCUUUUGAAGGCCGUGGAGACAGCGGCACAGCGCCAUGCCCAAGUGGUCGGGAAGCCCAGCAGCUUCAUGUUCAAAUGCAUGGCUAGCCAGUUCGGGCUUGACCCAAGCAAAUGUCUUAUGGUUGGGGACAGACUGGACACAGACAUCAUGUUAGGUUCCACCUGUGGACUGAAGACUCUGCUGACCCUGACUGGUGUCUCAACAGUAGCAGAUGCAGAGGAGCACCAAAGAAGCGGAUGCCCCAAGCGUCAGGGGAUGGUGCCUGAUUACUAUGUUGAUAGCAUUGCAGAGAUUUUACCAGCCCUCCAAGCAUAGCGGGUCAGUAUUGAUGAGGAUGUAACAUGUAUCCUGUGUUACGUAGGUUCAGAAGAAAUGGAAGUUUUAAUAUUAUUUAAAAAAUAGAACUUACUUGAACCAAUAUGAUCAUUAGUCUUUGUUAAAGGAGUCAAUGAGGAGGUUCGUUAUUUAGUCUCCAGCACCUCCAGUCAGCACAUUUUUAUUUUGUUGAGCCAAACACACGUCCCAGGUAAUAAAUAGGUGAAAUCCUGGUUUAGGUGUCUUUGCACCUUCAACAGAAGAAAACAUGGACUGGCUUGAAGGUCUUGAGGACUAGAUCAAAACCUACUGCAUCAGAGGAUUAUAAAAUAGCUGGAUAUUUCCAAGUGAUAUUUAUAUAUGUGGUUUCUGAUCUCCAGUCCUCAGGACCUACUGCCCUGCAACAGUUUAGAGUUUCCCCUGGUUCAACACACCUAAGGUCCAGUUUGUGAAUUGGUUGUAAAAUUAGAAAUAGAUCCCCAUGAGUGGAUUUCAUAUCCAAAACCCAGCAUUUUGUAUACCAAAAUAUGUACUUUCUAUUAUAAAUCCACAAAAGUAUGCAUUCUACUAAUAAUCUGCUCCAUCAGCAGGGUCUACCUCUGGUAUUCCACAAUAAUGUCCAUGUAUAUCAUUGUGCUUUUUGCCAAGUACAGUGUUAGAGUAGUUUUCCUUUAUCCAUUUUUUGAAGAUAUCUACACACAUAUAGGUACAUGCCUAUAUACAUACAUGUACUGAAUACAGAACCAGCAUGUGAUGCUUUUGUUUGUUCUGCUGUAUAUUUCAAAUGUCAGGUACUGAAAAAAGACCUGCAACAGACAAGAUGGCUAAUUGGUUGAUAAUGCAACCAAUGUGAUGAUUUGCUCAUAUGAGCACUACCACACAUAACUAAACACAAUAUUGUUUAUUGAGGUGCUUGUUUGUCUUCAUUAUUAAAGGUAGACCUGCUUGUAGAGUUUGAAGCACAACUAUUGUAACUGACUCUAGUUUUAUGAUCACUUGUAAUGGUUUCUUUUUUUUUUUUUUUUGUCUUGUGUUGAACAAAGUGCUCACCACACAAAGAUCAAAUAAAUAAGCAUCAUCUCAGA